GUCGCCACAGACAUACACGUCCACAAGCAGAAAUUGAAAACGUAGAAAGCUGAGAAAAUGACAAUUUUAGUUAUUGUUUCAACUGAAUGCUUGUAAUGACUCAGACCCACGUUUCAAAAUCGUACCUUGAAAUCCUUUGUUUCUAUUUCAGUUGCAAUUAAUCUCUUUGCUCAGCCACCACCCACCACCUACCGUGACUCAAAGCACCAUAAGGUUUUAUUAAUUAGUGUUGCACAACAAACACAAAUUACACUGUGCCAAUAUUUUUCCUUUUGAAGCUGUUUCCUCAUCAUGCAGCAACAAUGAUAGAUGAGCGUCAGUUCUUUUCGAAUCCUGUGACAUUCAAGUAGCAAUAAUUGUAAGGAAGCUUGGAGAUACUUCUAGUCUUUAGAAGGAAACAAGCAUUAAUAUUUAUUGUAUAAUUAUUGUGGGGAAUGGUCAUUUAAUUUGGAUAUGAUGGAGUUCUGUGCUGAAAGUUCCCAUUCAAAUCAGAAACAAACUUUGAAGCAUUCUAAACCUGCAGAUGAAGUGAAGAGAUCCAGAGAAAAGGCCCACAGAAGUUCUCAUUCCAAUGGAAAGCAAAAUCUGAAGCAAACUUCUACUUUUGUUAAUCAUGCUGCAAUUGCUUGGCAUGAGGAUAGAAAAAAAUGGGUUGGUGAUAAGUCUCAACAUCCACCAAGAACAGCUAAGGAUCCAAUUAUUAGCUGGUCAACAUCAUAUGAAGAGCUGCUGUCAACUAACGAACCUUUUGCAGAGCCAAUACCCUUACCUGAGAUGGUAGAUUUCUUAGUCGAUAUUUGGCUUGAAGAUGAAGGCUUCUUUGACUAAAUUGUUGAAAGUUUUAGUUAAAUGGCAACAGAAACAAGAACUGUGUAAAGCCUUUAAUCUGCAACGCAUUCCAUUGCUCUUGUAGGUGUCCACUCACUGAUCAUGAUUGUAGAGGGAGACAUUAGCUUGAAAUCCUUUUAUAUGUAGAAACAAUCUUCAGGGUUAAUGGUUAUAUUUUCCACCAUUUAUCUAAUAGCAAAUUUCAUUGUUUUAUAUUCAUAUAUCUAGUCUAUUUGUAUCUGCUUCCAUCAGCAAACGUACAAGUUCAUAUCCAUGUCCUAAAUAGAUGUUUUGAUCAGUGCUACUUAUACAUUCAUAAAUGGAAAACUUCAUAAUUAAUUUUGGCUUGA